CGCCGGCUUCGUCAUCUUCGGAACAUCGCUGCACGGAACAUCGUCAAUAAGAACGGAUAUCGCCUCUUGGACACGUAUUUCACUCUUCACUUGUGUGAUAACACCAAGAUAUACAAAGAAUUUUAUAAGAGUGAAGUGGUCAAGAAUUCUCUGAAUCCGACAUGGAGGAGUCUGGACUUUGGAAUAAUGCCGGAUCGUCUUGAUACCUCUGUCUCCUGUUUUGUUGUGAGGAUCUGGGGUGGCAAGAAGGAGCACUUUCAGCUUUUGAUUGAAUGGAAGGUCAAUCUAGAUGGGUUAAAGUACUUGGGCCAGCAGAUACAUGCAAGAAACCCAAAUGAGAUUAUAUUUGGUCUCAACGAUGGUUAUUACGGAGCUUCAUUCGAGCAGAAGGAUCACUCAGGUACCCUGAAGAACAGUCUUCUCCAGGUGGAUCAGAACUGUGUUCGUAACUCGUACGAUGUCUUCUCUUUGCUUAGGCUUCACAGAGCCCAGUGUGCAAUUAAACAGACUCAGGUAACCGUUCAGAAAAUAGGAAGGGAGAUAGAAGAAAAGCUGAGAUGUACAUCUACAAGCAACGAACUGAAAAAAGAGAGUGAAUGUUUACAGUUGAAGAUCCUGGUGCUACGUAAUGAACUGGAGAGGCAGAAGAAAGCCCUUGGUCAAGAAGUAGCCUUGUUGCAUAAGGAAAAAAGUACUUUGCAUGACAGAGAAAAUGCAUUUGAGAGUGAAUACCAGAAACUUCAAGAGCAUAAUGAAUGUCUGCAUGAGUUAAGAAAGGAAUGCACUGAUAAGAGAGAACUGUUUUCGAAGACAAGUACCCAGCAGUCUGUUCGAUGCCAGCAGUUGCUGUCAGAGCUCUCCUAUAUCUACCCUAUUGAUCUGAAUGAUCAAAAGGAUCACUUUGUUUGUGGAAUCAAGCUUCCUAAUUCUGAAGACUUUCAAGGGAAAGAUGAUGGAAGCAUUGCUGUUGCCCUGGGCUACACUGCUCACUUGGUUUCAAUGAUAUCCUACUUCUUACAAGUGCCACUCAGGUAUCCUAUCAUUCACAAGGGCUCCCGCUCCACCAUCAAGGACAACAUCAACGACAAACUGACGGAGAAAGAGCGAGAAUUUCCCUUAUAUCCCAAAGGAGGGGAGAAGCUUCAGUUUGAAUAUGGAGUGUAUCUUCUCAACAAAAAUAUAGCACAGCUUAGAUACCAGCGUGGAAUGAGUACUCCAGAUCUACGGCAAACUCUUCCAAACCUGAAAAGCUUCAUGGAGGUUGGGCUGUUGGUUAGAUGCGAUCGACACCAGACAUCCAGCGCAAUUCCCGUUCCAAAGAGACAGAGCUCCAGCUUCGGCAGGUUGGAUAUUGGCUUCUCCAGCGGGCUUCCUUCUCCAGACAAAGGACUCCGAAAACGAGCCAACACCGGGAAUGAAAGACUCCAGUACAAAACUCCUCCUCCGAGCUACAACUCCGCUUUAACGCAGCCCGUCACCAUCGCAGCCCGUGGAGGGGAGUCAGAUAAAAAACCUGGCUCCAUAUCUUCUUCCUUGGAUACCUCUAUGGACUCUUCAAAAGGCAAUGCUAAGGGAGGUGAGAACUUGUGCAGCAGUUUCAAUGGGGAAAACGGGAACCUGAACACCACCCAAGACAGGCAGGAGCCUUUCCUAGGACACACGAGUGCAAUAAACGGGGCGGUUCUGCCCAGGGAGUGCUCUGGCACCACCACCAAGGAGCAACCCCAGGAGUUUCAUCCCCCACUCGGCCCCGUCCUCUGCUGCACCGUGGAGCAGGCAGAGGAGAUCAUGGGGAUGGAAGCCACAGGGUUCAGCACGGGAGAUCAGCUGGAAGACUUUAACUCCAUCCCGGUGGAGCACGCCGUGGCCGUGGAGUGUGACGAACAAGUCCUGGGGGAGUUUGAGGAGUUCUCUCGGAGGAUCUGUGCACUGAAUGAAAACGUGUCCAGCUUCCGCAGGCCGCGGAAGAGUUCGGACAAGUGAGCUGGGAGCAGGGAUUGGGGAGCAGGCGUCGAGGUGAUACCAGUGGUCUGGAACAGAGAGAAAAUUGCACUUAUUCUUUAUAUUAAUUAUAAUUAAAAAAAAAAAAGAAAUAAAAAAGCUAAAGCUAUUCCUAUGGUGUUAGACAAAUGGACUUCAGCACGAUGACGCAGGGUCACGAUAUAUUCACAGCCUGGGUAAAUUUUGAUUCUGCUUCCAGUCUUCUUACGUCUGAUAUUUGUAAUCUGUUAUAAAUCUGGGGGUUUUUUUUAGGCAUUGGAAUCCAUUUAUAAAAGCUUUCCUGGAAA